UUUAAAUUAAUCUUCGCCACUUUGAAACAUGUUUGCUUUAUCGGGAAGGCUGAUUGAUGAAAAGUAAAAUCUGAAAAUUUGUCUAAAAGUCGCAACAGCAAAUGACAGUUUUUCUUUAUAAACUUUCAAAAACUUUGGAAUGGUAUAAAAAUGAAACCAUUACUAAUUGUAGGAUUUAGUUUCUGUCUGUUGGAUGUGUCGCUUGAAGCUCCACAGCUUGAAAUUGUACAGACCACACUCGGAGCUGCAUCCUCAACUGCAAACAGCCUUCUGGGGGCUCUGACUUCACAAUUGUUGGCCACUAACGACCAACUGGACAGUCUAGUGAACGAUGUUAAUGCGGCUUUAUCCGAUUUGAUAGCUGAUGGCAACAGUACCGUUGGUUCGUUAUUGGUUCCCGUUCUGUCUAAUGUUCAAGCUACUCUUCAGAAGCUUCAGACGGUUUUGAAUAAAUCUGUCAACAGUGCUCUCAUCACUACCUCGUCAACUACGACGAAUACUCUCAAUUCUGGAACGACUCAACUGAUGCAAACCGUAGGAAGUUUGAGUGAAAUUGUGAACCAGGUUCUUGCAGCUAUACCGAACGUUUCACAGGAUUUGCUGAACCAGUUGAGUGGGACAACGGACACUGUUAAUACCCUCACAUCUUCAUUAAUGAAAACUGUUGGAACGUUGCUUAAGCCGGUGAUGAGUUUGGUUGGAGGGCGAUUUGGUACUAGAGUAUAGAGUUUACCAUAUUAUUUGAAUUAAGUAUGAAAUGUACGAAAAUCAACUAAGAA